ACAGCGGCACCGCGUCACGUGACAGGUACAGGAAGCGUCCUCUUGAUGGUGGAGCAGCGAGUUGUUCGUGCCGCCAGCACGGGGCAGCAGGAAUGUUGUACGGGAAACUCAAAGCCUCUGAGCAAAGUGCAAAGUCUACACCCCUGCUCCACCACUAUCUACUGCUCACUACGCUCAUGACUGUCACUGCAGCACAUCAUUGACUAUCAAGGGACUUGAGAACAGCUGAACAACAGGACGGUGCCAAGAGUUUGGACAGCUAAGACCAGAGCAUGUUUGUGUCUGCGUUCCUGCUUCUGGUCACUCUCUGUGCCCAGGGAGGAUAUGGCGAGGAGAGAGACGAGGCACAGAGACCCGGACAUGUUUCGGUGGUGAUAGUGGGAGGCACAGGUGACCUGGCAAAGAAGUACCUGUGGCAGGGCUUCUUCGAACUGUACGUGAAUCAGGUGAAAAAUGGAUACACCUUUUCCUUCUACGGUGGAGGACUGUCCCCUGCUGACAAGGCCACACCGGUCCUCUUUGAGAUCCUGAAGGCGCUUUCUUGCCCAAAGGAUGUGUCACAGGAACGCUGUGCUCUGCUCAAAGAGCAGUUCCUGCGACUCUCACAGUAUCGGCAGCUGCAGAGCGUCGAAGACUACCAGGAUUUGGCCAAGCAGAUUGAGAAAGAGCUUCAGCAAGAGGGAAUGACAGAGGCUGGGAGGCUCUUCUACCUCUCAGUGCCAGCCUUUGCAUACGCAGAUAUUGCUGAUAAGAUCAACAGUAGCUGUAGGCCAACCAGCGGGGCGUGGCUGAGGGUGGUGCUAGAGAAACCUUUUGGACAUGACUUCAGGAGUGCUCAGGUUCUUGCAUCUCAGCUUGGGAAUUCCUUGAAGGAUGAAGAAAUGUACAGAAUUGACCAUUACCUGGGGAAGCAGGUGGUUUCAAGGAUUCUUCCAUUCAGAGAAGAGAACAAGAAGUUUCUGGAUCCCAUCUGGAACAGGCACCACAUCGAGAGAGUGGAGAUUGUACUGAAAGAGACGCUGGAUGUUAAAGGUCGUAUCCCCUUCUAUGACCAAUAUGGGGUGGUCAGAGAUGUGCUGCAGAACCACCUGACAGAAGUCAUGACCUUGUUGACCAUGAGCCUGCCCAUGAACCUGAGCAGCAAUGAGGAAGUCCUGCGAAACAAGCUGCAGGUCUUCAGGUCCCUGCUGCCCGUAGGUAAGAAUCAAGCUGUGGUCGGCCAGUACCAAGCAUACAAAACAGAGGUUCAGCAGGAGCUGAAUAAGACGAAAGAUCACAUCAGCAUCACACCCACAUUUGCAGCUGUGUUGAUGUACAUCGAUGAUGCCCAGUACGAAGACGUGCCAAUUCUUCUGAUCUCAGGGAAGAUGUUAGAUGAGCGGAUGGGGUAUGCGCGCAUUCUUUUCAAGAAUGAUAUCUUUUGUCUUCAGAACCACAACAGCGUACACUGCAAGCCCAAACAGAUAGUUUUCCACUUCGGGCACGGCAGCCUUAAAUAUCCAGCAAUUCUUGUUAGUAAGAAUUUAUUCAAGCCCAUUUUAAUGGACAGUGAGUGGAAGGAAGUGACAGAGCAUAAAGAUGUCGAUGUUCUUGGUUUGCCGCUUUCAGACUACUUUGUUCAAAUGCCAAUAGUGCAGAGGGAAGCUUAUUAUGAACUAAUUUCACACAUUUUUGCUGGACGAAAGAAUAGUUUCAUUAGUACUGAAAACCUGCUGGCUUCUUGGGGCUUGUGGACGCCACUACUCAGCAGCCUCGCCAGCACGUUUCCCCGCAUCUACCCAGGAGGUGCAGAGAAUGGAGACCUGCUGGACGUCCGUAUUAAAGGGAAAGACAUUAGCUACCACAAUGAGGUGGUGAUAAUCGGCAAUGAUCAGGUUGGUGGGUUCCAAGUGAUGCAAGGUAAAUUUCGUAGCUCUGACAUGGUGUCUGCCUGGACUGAGGAGCUGGUGGUGAGGCUAGCUGCAGACAUACAAGAGGCAGCGGAGGCUGCAGUGCGCGAGGCUGGCGUUUUUCAUCUGGCUCUCUCGGGUGGGUCCUCUCCCCUCGCUCUGUUCCAAAGGCUGGCCCUGCACCACUUCUCCUUCCCCUGGAGGGACACCCAUGUGUGGAUGGUGGAUGAGCGCUGCGUGCCACUGACUGACUCAGAGUCCAACUUCCGCAACCUCCAUGACCAUCUACUGCACCAUGUGAGGAUACCCUAUUACAACAUCCACCCCAUGCCAGUACAGAUCAACCAGCGUCUGUGUGUGGAGGAGGACGGAGGAGCACUGCUGUAUGAGAAAGAGGUCAGCAAGUGGGUGAACGGCUCCAGCUUCCACUUUGUGCUGCUGGGAGUGGGCUACGACAGCCACACAGCCUCUCUGUUCCCUGGCAGUAAAGUGGAUGGCCACGGGGAGAGUCUGGUGGCCCUCACUGAGAGCCCCGUCAAGCCUCACCAGCGUAUGACCCUCACUUUUAGUGCCAUCAACCGAGCGCACAGGGUCGCUCUGUUAGUGAUGGGCAAAGGCAAACAUGAGCUGAUCACCCAGCUGAGCCGAGUGAAGGACAAUCCAGACAAAUGGCCGGUCACUGGGGUGAAGCCUGCUAAUGGCAGACUUGUUUGGUAUAUCGACUAUGAUGCACUUCUAGGAUAGGAAUAGUUGCAUUCUUAACUUUCAAACAAUGUUUGAGGAGCUGCUGUAAUUGGACUGCUGGUGGAGGGGAAGAGUGUUUGGACCAGCACUUUUUGGACUUUUUGGAACCACAAAUCACAUACUGAACAUUUCUGCUGCCUUUUUCAAGAUUUACUUCACAUCAAAAAAACAUCAGAAGUCAGAAUUCUUAACUGUACUUGAAACCUUAGAGCUAUUAUGGGUGUCACGAUUUUUUUUACUUUCGAUUUUAAGAUUAUUCAAUGAAAAAAUAAAUAAAAAAAUCUCAGCAGGAGGAAACAAUACCAGGUGAUCAGUUGUGGAUUGGUAAACUCAAGGUGAAUGUGAAGUGCUCUUGAAGUUAUAUCUCAGAGUUAGAAAUUACAAAGGAGAAUAAACGCAGGCCAGUUUCAGCCACACUGGCUUAUUUGCAAAAAGCAACAGAUCAUUGGUUUCAUGCCGUGACAACCUUCAUUUACAUUUUCAUAUUCUUCCUUAAAAAGUUAGGCUGCAUAGCAUAGCCUAGCAACGGCCUUAUUUUGUCUUUUCAGUGUGUGUAGCACAAGUUGUCAUUUGUCUUUGGACACACAGCAAACACAUUUUGGCAAGCAAGGGUGGAGAGAAAAAAAAUAUUGAGACAAUCUCUUAAUCUUAACUUUCUUAAUCUUAACUUUGAUUUCACCAAAUGAAAAUCAAUCCUUAUGAGCACUGAUUUCAGUUUAGAUUUGAAAUCAUGACACCCCUCAUAGCUUUUAUUGUGUAGUGCAGCAGCAGAAAACUUGUAGAUGUUUUAGAAACAGUCCCUCGUUGGUGGAUUCAUGUGCUUAAAAACAUACAGCACAUUUUGUGUAAAAGAACAAUGUGUGAACUUCUUACAUUUAAAGGGCUGCUGUUAAGCCAAAUGUAAAGGCCUGGAUGUGAAAUUGCAGCUAAAUUACAGUGUGAUGAUGACAUAAAUUUAAAGUUGGGGUUCGGUUAAAAGGGUUGGUGGAAUGUGAAGUAAGUACAAGAAUUUGUUGUUGGGGGUUAAAUGGGUUUAAAACAGCUGUUACGUUCCUUUUUAUUGAAAGUUCAAACAUCAUUAACACAUUUUUCUGUGUUUGUAGAUGUGUGAAAUACCUAUGCAGACUUUUUAUAGUUUAUCCAAGCCGAAUUAUGUGAAAAAUAAGUUGAAAUAUAUGAAGUAUGAAUGCAGUUUACAAAGGACAGAGUACGUUGGCGCCAUAUAAACAUCUGGUGCUGAACACACAACAAACAAACACUAAAUUUAUUUUUCUUACAACCAGGUGAACAAGGUGUUUGUAUGAUCUCAGGUGAAUUUGUCAAAUUGCAGAUGUUUACUGUUAAAUCUACAAUUGUUGAUUAUAUGUUUUCUAUUGUUGAGUGGCAGUGAUCCUCUUAAUACUUCAUCGGUGAGUCAAAAAGAGAAAGUGAAAUGUGACAGAUUAUAUAUUUUCAUUGUAUUGAAAUAAUAGAAUUACAAGACAUUUGUUAUUGAAUUGUUUCAGGUUAUUAAACAUUUGGUGCUUGACUCAUGAAAAGCACAUUCCUGACUCAAACUAAUCACAUUCCACUUUCUUUAUCCACUUUUUAAGAUCUUUGAGUAGAUGCAGUCACUUUUAGGAUGAUUUAUUUCAAAGUGGAGUGUGACUGAGUAUUGGCAGUCAUUUCAUUGUGCCUGUAUUUGAUACAUCUUGAUGAGCAUUAUUGUUUCAGCAAAAAAAAGAGGAGACAUUGUCCUGCAUCCUGUAAUGCAAACAACAGUAUGGCUCUGUAAUGAACAAGCUGAAAAGAGAAUUAAAAAGUGUGUCCCACGCACUGGAAGAAGAUCGUCACAUAAGCAAAACACAGUGCAGUACCAGUGCUGAAAAUAGGUGACUGACUCAAUCACCACUGCCAGUAAACUUGUUUCUUGUUUGUUUUUCUGGUGUGUUACAUUCAGUGUCAUGAAAACACAGACUUGUUGUCAUGGGUCACAUGAAUAUUGGGUUUAAUUUCUACAUUUUGAAGUGUUUUGUUUUUUUUUUUUUUUUUUUUUUUUUU